AUGGCUGCCCCGAUCGACGAGGGGCUCUACAGCCGGCAGCUCUACGUCAUGGGCCACGAGGCGCAGGCGCGCAUGGGCGAGUCCAACGUCCUCCUCCUCAACCUCGAUGGGCUCGGCGUCGAGAUCGCCAAGAACAUCGUGCUCGCCGGCGUCAAGUCGGUGACCGUCGCCGACGACGCGCCAUCGACCUAUAUGGACCUCUCGGCGCAGUUCUACCUUACCGAAGACGAUGUCAAGAACCAGGUCGGCCGCGCCGAGGCCAGCUGGCGCAAGCUCGCCGAGCUCAACCCGUACGUGCCCGUGCACCACCAUGUCGGUGCCAUUGACGAAGCCUUCCUCGAGCAGUUCCGCGUUGUCGUGCUCUGCAAUGCUUCGCGCGCCUACGCGACGCAGAUCAACCAGAUCUGCCACAAGCACAGCAUUGCAUUCAUUGCGACCGAGGCGCGCGGGGUGUUUGGGUCGGUCUUUUGCGACUUUGGCGACGCGUUUGUCGUGUCGGACAAGGACGGCGAGCAGCCGAUCACGUGCAUGGUCGCGUCCGUCUCGCCGUUGACCGAGUCGAAGCUCCUCGUCACGGUUACCGACGACGCGCGCCACCAGAUGGAGACGGGCGACCAUGUGACGUUCCGCGAGAUCCAAGGCGUGGGCCACCUCAACGGAUGCGCGCCAUUGCCGAUCACGGUCACAGGCCCGUACACGUUUACGAUCGACAACGUUUCCGGGGCGACGGCGUCCGGAGCGUUUGGCUACGUCACGCAGGUCAAGCAGCCGGUCACGCUCACGUUUGCGCCCAUGGACGUGGCCACCGAGACGCCGGGCGAGUUUCUCAUGAGCGACUUUGCCAAGAUCGGCCGGUCCGAGGUGCUCCACGUGGCGUUCCAGGCGCUCGACCAGUUUGCCGCGACCAACGGCGCGCUGCCGACGUCGGGUGACAGCGACAUGGCUGCGCAAGUGCUCGCGCUCGCCAAAAACAUCAAGUCGAUCGAAAUCGAGUGGACCGAGGCGAGCGAAGAGGUCGUCAAGUCGCUGGCGCGGUCGGCGCGCGGCGUCGUGGCGCCCAUGACCGCGCUCCUCGGCGGUAUCGUCGGGCAAGAAGCGCUGAAAGCGUGCUCGGGCAAGUUUACGCCGAUCCACCAGUGGUUCUACUUUGACGCGAUGGAGUGUCUUCCGACGUCGCCGUUGACAGUCGAGGAGUGCGCGCCGCGCGACUCGCGCUACGACGGCCAGAUUGCAGUGUUUGGCCAAUCGAUCCAGAGCAUGCUCGAGGGCCUGAGUCUCUUUCUGGUCGGCGCCGGUGCGAUCGGCUGCGAGAUGCUCAAGAACUGGGCGCUCAUGGGUCUCGGGACGUCGUCGGGCGGCGGCAUCCAUCUCACCGACAUGGAUCUGAUUGAAAAGUCGAAUCUGAAUCGCCAGUUUCUAUUUCGAAGCACGGACGUGGGCUCGGCCAAGUCGACGACGGCGGCCAAGGCCAUCCGCAGCAUCAACCCAAACGUCCGUGUCUCGGCGCAUGUCGCGCGCGUCGGCGACGAGACCGAAGCGCUCUUUGACGAUGCGUUUUACGAGCAGCUCUCGGGCGUCUGCACGGCCCUCGACAACGUCCAGGCGCGACUGUACAUGGACGCGCGCUGCCUCUUUUACGGGCUGCCGAUGCUCGAGUCGGGCACGCUGGGCACGAAGGGCAACACGCAGGUCGUUGUCCCGCACGUGACGGAGAACUAUGGCGCGUCGCGCGACCCGCCGGAGAAGAGCAUUCCGAUCUGCACGCUCAAGAACUUUCCGAACGCGAUCGAGCACACGCUGCAGUGGGCGCGCGAUUGGUUUGAAGGCACGUUCUUCCAGUCGCCGAGCGAUGUCAAUGCGUACGUGUCGACCCCCGACUUUGUCGCCAAGCUCCACGCGCAGAACGCGAGCGCCGAGACGUUUGAGCGCCUCGCCGCGUCGCUCUCGGAAGCCCCCAAAUCGUACGACGACUGUGUUGCGUAUGCGCGGCUUCAGUUUGAAGAGCUCUUUUCGAAUUCGCUCAAGCAGCUGCUGCACAACUUCCCGCUCGACCAAGUGACGACGACCGGGACGCCGUUUUGGUCGGGCCCGAAGCGCGCGCCGACGCCGAUUGCAUUUUCGCCGUCGGACCCGUUGCACGGCGAGUUUAUUGCGUCGGUCGCGGCGGCCCGCGCCCAAGUGUAUGGCCUUCCGGUGACGGGCGACUGGGCGUCGAUCCUCCAGAACGUGCACGUCCCUGCGUUCGUGCCUCGGGACGGCGUCAAGAUUGCGGCCAACGACGAAGAGAUGAAGACGAACCAUGACGGCGGCGGCAACGUGGCGCUGCCACCGCCAUGCGCGGUGACGCUACACCCGAUCGAGUUUGAUAAGGACGACGACGCGCACAUGCGUGUGAUCGUGGCCACGUCCAACCUCCGCGCGCGCGCGUACAAGAUCCAGGAGGCCGACUUGCACCAGUCGCGCUUCAUCGCGGGCAAGAUCAUCCCGGCGAUUGCGACGACGACGGCGCUCGUGACGGGCCUCGUGUGCCUCGAGCUCAUCAAGGUCUUCCUCAAGAAGCCGCUCGAGGCGUACAAGAAUGGCUUUGUGAACCUCGCGCUGCCGCUGUUUGCAUUCUCCGAGCCGAUCGCGCCCAAGGUGACGACCACGAUGCUCUUGGAGAAAGAGUACAAGUGGACCGCGUGGGACCGGCUCGAGAUGGCGCAGGGCGACAUGACGCUCAAGGCGCUCCUGGCGUACUUUGAAGAGACGUACGGCGCCGAAGUGUCGAUGCUCUCGUUUGGAGUCACGAUCCUCUACGCCAUGUACUCGGCCAAGUCGCGCUCGAAGGAGCGCAUGGCGAUGCCGAUCUCGGAGCUCGUGACGUCGAUCACCAAGCACGCACUGCCGCUCACCAAAAACCUCGAGCUGCCGUACAUUCGGUACAAAUUCCGCUAA